AUAAAGUUUCCCAGGUCAAUAAUAAAACUUUGCGGUGAGAGCCCAGAAACACAGAACAAGCUCAGGGCUAACAAACAAAUUCUUUUCCACUGUUUUUGAUGAAAAACACAAAACUUGUUAACUUGUCACACGGUUGCCUGUUGUGAAAUGCAAAAGAUGCAAAUUAAACGGCUGUUGUAUAACCAAAUUAAAUUCUUUGUUACCUUUAACCACACCACCUGCCUCCUUCAGAGCUAUAUUUAAGCAGCAGCCUGUUCAAAACCAUCAAACAUUUCUGGCUUUCAGCAGACGAGCUGAUCUUGAGAAAAAGUUCAUCAGACUACAGUCAUCUAUAUCCACUUUAAAGAUGUCCAAACCAACAACUGUGCAAUUAAUUGGUGGCACAAAAGGUACUCAAUUUUCAUUUACUGGGGAGAAGAAUGGUGCCAAUUUACAGAAGAUCGGGGUGUGGGUGGGAGAAUCACAGGUGAAUGCUGUCAAAGUUUGGCUUUCAGAUGGCACAAGUGACACCUCUGGAAAACAAACCGGACCAUAUCAAGAGUAUGUGUUCAAGUCUGGUGAGUGUUUCACCUCACUGUCUCUGUGGUUCAAUGGAGAUGGCAGACAUCUUGGAGCCAUCAAAUUCAAAACUAACCAGGGUGGAGAAUUUUUUGCAAAAAUGACCAAAUACUCAUUACCAAUAGAGUAUCCAGUGGAUGUUGGCUCUGGGUUUUGUGUGGGAGUUGAAGGAGGAGCUGAUGUAGAUUUUCGCAGACUAGGAUUCGUGUUUCUAAGUGUAGUUCAAUCCACAGUUCUCACUAAUGUGAACUAUCCCACUGUCCAGCAGCUGAUACCAAAGGUGUCAGUGGAAGAGAUCAAAUCCAUCACUUACACAAAUAAUGACCCCACUUAUCACAAUAAAACAGUUGAAGCUUCAAAGAAAGUGAUCAAAACAGCCUCAUGGUCCAUGAGUGAAAGCUUUACCGAAACAUUUAGUGUGAAAGUGAGGGCAGGGAUUCCAGGAAUUGUAGAAGUUUCUACAGGAUACAGUGUCAGCGUUGGAGAAGAAAAGACUUACAGUCGGGAUUACACUGAUGAGAGAACCAAAACUCUGACUACCACUGUAGAUGUGCCACCUAAAAAGAAAGUGGAAGUUGACAUCACCAUCGGCAGAGCCACGUUUGACCUGCCUUACACCGGCACAGUGAUCAUCACGUGCAAGAAUGGCAGUGUGCUACAGUACGAAACCAACGGCCAAUACAAAGGCGUCACUUACACUAAAAUCAAAGUGAAUACUAAAGAAUCUGAUAUUUAAGGUUAA